GGGCGCGCGGCGGGGACGCGGGACGGCCGCGCGGAUCCGGGAGCGCGGGCUUCGCGACAGAUGACUUUAAGAAAAAUGGCCUUAUUAGCCCAACAGAUACCCAGAUGGUUCAGCUCAAUUAAUUUGAGGAGCUUCAUUAAUGCUACACGAUUCACAAAACGUUUUCCCAGACCAGGAAAAACAUUGUUAAAUGGCUUUUGUGCUCUGCCACAGCUGUCCUCAGAUAAUUACUUUCUCCAGUGGGGAUAUAAGACUUACAGAACUUCCUCCUUAUGGAAUAGUUCCCAGUCUACCAACUCAAGUGGGCAAGAGAGUAAUUCUGCCCAAAGCACUCUGCUUCCUGCGGUGAGUGAGCAGACAGAGAAGACGCAAAAGAUACCCAGCUUUGAUUCUGAGCUGUCUCUAGAAGAACUGGACGAUUUGCCUGCAUUGUCUCCACUGCAGCUGAUUUCUGAGGAGGAAGCUAUUCAGAUUACUGCAGACCCUCCAUUGCCCCCAGCUUCAUUCACACUUCAAGACUAUGUAGAUCAUUCUGAGACUCUGCAGAAGUUAGUGCUUCUGGGAGUAGAUUUGUCCAAGAUAGAAAAACAUCCAGAUGCAGCCAACCUCCUUCUAAGACUGGAUUUUGAAAAAGACAUUAAGCAAAUACUCCUGUUUCUCAAGGAUUUGGGUUUAGAGGAUAACCAGCUGGGAACCUUCCUGACUAAAAAUUAUGCUAUUUUCUCUGAAGACCUUGAAAAUCUUAAGAUCAGGGUGGCUUAUCUGCAGUCAAAAAAUUUCAGUAAGGCAGAAAUUGCACAGAUGGUCAGGAAUGCACCGUUUUUGCUGAGUUUUUCAGUGGAAAGACUGGAUAACAGAUUGGGAUUUUUUCAGAAGGAACUUGAACUUAGUGUGAAGAAGACGAGAGAUCUGGUUGUUCGUCUUCCAAGGCUGCUGACUGGAAGUCUAGAGCCUGUGAAAGAAAACAUGAAGGUCUAUCGUCUUGAACUUGGCUUUAAACGUAAUGAAAUUCAACAUAUGAUCACCAAAAUCCCAAAGAUGCUAACUGCAAAUAAGAGGAAACUGACGGAGACCUUUGAUUAUGUGCACAAUGUGAUGAACAUUCCUCACCACAUCAUUGUCAAGUUCCCACAGUGUUGUUCCCCACUCACAAGGAAACCGUCUUUAAACAAUCGCGCAAAAACAGCCUACCCGGAUCACUCUCCCUGGUGGAGCAACACAGCAGGUGCCUAACUGCGCCUGCGCGGCGUCCCAGCUUGCUGCGCGACGCGGCGUACGCUGCCGCCCCUGGUCCCGGCGUCCUCUAGGACUUACCCAGAA